GGCAAGUAACCUUUUAGCUGUGAAGUAGUUUGUCUGUCAAAUCUUUUCACAACAGAAACACUACACACGGGAAAACACGAAUAAGAGUUUGCCCUGUGAAUCCCCAAGCAUCCAAGACUUACUAUCAAUCAAGCAAGCCAUAAAAAACUGAGAUCAUGGGGCUAAAGUGGAUAUUCGUACUGCUCGGAGCCUUGGCUCUCUUUUAUGUCACAUGUGCUGAGGAGGACACUGAAAUUGAAGCUCCAGAAAAUGAAGAACUCGAGGCUCCCGCACGUGUCAGAAGGCAAAGUGCAUGUGCUGACAAGCUGAGUUACUGCCAAAACUGGCCCCAAAGCUACUGCGACCAGUACAAAGCCUACAUGGACGCAAACUGUCCCAAAAAAUGCCGCGUAUGCUCAAGUCCCACCGUGCCACCAGCUUGUGCGGAUAAAAGUCAGCACUGUGCAGGCUGGAAAGCAAGUGGAUAUUGCAAAGGACACUACGAAGAUUACAUGAAGAAUAAUUGCUUCAAGACCUGUGGGUACUGCGGGGGUGGCGGAGGAAGCGGAAGCGGAAGCUGCUCAGGAAAUGAGAGUAACAAACUUAAAGCUUGCAAUUUCGACGUGGAUACGUGCGACUGGUACCAGGUUCCCUUUGAUGACAACGGUGACUUUGAGCUGAAGUCAGGGUCUGGCGCAAAUGGCGGAAGCGGUGGCUUCCUGUCUGCGAGUGAACGUGGUACUUACCAGCUGGUACUACCCCUUGAGCUGGUUCUACCACACACUCCAAAUGAUAAAGGCAAAGACAUGUGUCUUCGCUUUCACUACAAAGGCAAUGACGGUAAACUAAAAGUAUAUGAGGUCCCCAACUCAAAGGCCUCUAAUACAGAGAAGAUGAGCAUAGACGUUUCAGGAGGAGCGUGGAAGUGUGGACGCGUUACCGUUAACGUGGGGCUUGGAAACCAGUUGAUGAUUGAGGCAUCCGUCUCUCAAUCGGCUAUUGAACUCGAUGACGUCAGCUUCGCGGACGGUCGAUGCUAAUUUCUGAUUGUUAUGCCAUUAUGUAUGAGAAAUAUCAGCGACUCCAUAAACAAUAAAGUCAUUGAAUCUCUAA